AUGCCCUCCGACCGACCCUCUCCUAUUGCUAUCGGCAGUCUUGUCGACUGUGGAAGACUCGAGAUUCUGUCUGAGAUCGGCAAGGGCGCAUUUGGCGCAGUUUAUUGCGCUCAGAGCGUCCACGAUGGCGGCUUAUACGCCGUCAAGUGCUUGCUACCCAACCGCCGUACACGCAAGGGCAAGCUCCUCAACAUUUCCAAGCUCUUUGAGCAUGAGGCGAAGCUCCAUGCUGCAGCUUCCGACCACGAUAACGUCCUCACGAUUCACAAGGCCUUCGUCGAGCAAGGACUGCACUUCCUCGUGUUUGAUCUCUGCGAGGGCGGCGACCUCCUCUCAAACAUCUCCGGUCGCCCUUUCUUCUGGCGCCGCGACGACAUUGUCAAGCGGGCAAUCCUGCAGAUCAUCGAUGGAGUCGCACACAUCCAUGCACAGGGCAUGGCGCACCGAGAUCUAAAGCCGGAGAACAUCAUUGCUCUUGACGAGGAUGGCAAGCACUUUGUCAUCUCAGACUUCGGUCUGGCGACAGCCCAGAUUGAGACUUCUGGCUUCGGUAUUGGCAGCAAGUACUACAAGUCGCCGGAGUGCUCCGUGCCCGAAGAAGGCGCCGUGCAAUUUGACGCUCAAGUCAGCGACGUCUGGGCUCUCGGCGUUAUCCUCAUCAACAUGAUUACCGGCUCCGUCCCAUGGGCACAGGCUCACCCCUUCGACGAGCACUACGCAGCAUACAUUCACGACCGCAACUCCAUCUCCCGUUAUUUAUGUGUAUCGAACGAGCUCCUACCGCUCCUCAAGCGCGUACUCGAGCCGCAUCCCCGCGCACGCAUUUCACUUGCCCAGUUCCGCAAGGAGCUUGAGACGAUCACUCACUUCCACCCCACCAACGAUGAACUUGCACAUGCGCCCAUCCUCGUCCGAACCAUGAUGGCCGAGCGUGCGCAGGCGCUCGGCAUCUCAUACGCUCUUCCGCCCCGCGCGAGUUCCCGCGAGCGCGACGCUUCGCCGCCGACCACCGCAACAUACCGCGCCUCAGAUACCCCCGACGAGUCCGAGCUUUACACUCCCUCCGAGCCUGCGUUCAGCAUCCGGCCUGGCGCACCGGCUCGGAAGGACUCGCUCGGUCCUGUUCAGCCUUACCUCAACGUCGAACUGGAUUCCACGUUGCCAAACAACGCGGCGCGCAUACGCGCGCUGCCCAAACUUCGGAUCCCUGUAUAA